CUGCGGUAAACAUCUGGUGACACAAAUAUGGGUGAAAUGUACGUCUCCCUGUGGCCAGUAAUGGCGUUGUUAAUACUUGGGAUUCCUGGGGCGCAUUCAGCCAAAUGUCCAAAAUUGUGCGUAUGUGACGCAGUGCAACUCACGGUUGCGUGCGUCAACAAGAAUUUAACAGCGGUUCCUCCGACCAUUGAUGAGAUCACAGUGAAGUUGGACCUGAGAGGGAACGACAUCCAGGUGCUUCCCACUAAUGCCUUCGCACACACCCCAUACCUUACCCACCUGUCCCUGCAACGCAGCAACAUCCGCACAGUGCGAGAGGGCGCAUUCCGUAGCCUGGGUCGCCUGGUCUUCCUGAACCUGGCCAACAACAACAUUGAGAUUCUCUUACAGGAGUCUUUUGAUGGGCUGUCCUCCCUGAAGCAGCUUCUUAUUGACCGGAACAGGGUAGAGGAGAUCAAACCAGGGGCUUUCUCUCAGCUUGGCUUCCUCAACCUGCUCUCCCUCACCCACAACCAGCUUGUGUACCUGCCCAAUAUGGUCUUCCAGGGCAUGCAAAACAUCAAGUGGCUACGCCUUAGUCACAAUAACCUCAACAACUUGGAUCUUGAGUCUCUUGCUGGGCUCUUCACCCUCACAAGACUUAGUCUGGACCACAACGAGCUCCAGUUUUUCCCAACUGAAACUAUGACCAGACUUCCAGAGGUGACACGUUUGGACCUGAGCUACAACCCCAUGACCUACAUGGGCGAGGACGCCGUCUCCAUGAACAAACUCACCCACCUCUUCCUGGACCACAUGUCCCUUCAGGACUUCUCCAACACCGCCGUGCUCCUCACCAAGAGCCUCACGCACCUGGACCUCAGCCACAACCAGCUGCGCGUCCUGCAGCCGCUGGCCGCCGGCUCCCCCAAGCUGACGCGCCUCAACCUCGCCGGGAACCCCAUCUACUGCAGCUGCUACCUGCGGCCGCUGCGGGAGUGGGCCCUGCGGGAGAAGGUGCGGCUGGGCGGCACGUGCGGAGGCCCGCCGCACCUGUCCGGGGAGAACCUGGAGGCCGUGCAGCCGGGGGAGUUGCGUUGCCAGAGCCAGGAGGCCAUGCUGAAGGCCGAGCGGGAGGAGCAGGAACUGGCCACUCUGCCCACCACGCCGCCCCCAAACAAGAUCAAGUGUCCAGAUGCCUGCCACUGUGAGGCGGACAUCUUCCAUUCCUCCUGUGAGAACAAAGGCCACACUAAGGUCCCUCGCGGAUUCGCCCCCGACACUCGCCUGCUGGACCUACGUGGCAACCACUUCCACUACCUCCCUAGCAACAGUUUUCCCGGCGUUCCCGACGUGGUCUCCCUCCACCUGCAGCGUUGCAAGAUCCACGAGCUGGAGACGGGCGCCUUCAAUGGCAUGAAGGGCCUCAUCUACCUUUACCUGUCCGAGAACGACCUCUCCUCCCUCAGCCCCGACGCUUUCAAGGGCCUGCCGCAUCUCACCUACCUCCACCUGGAGAAGAACCGCUUCACCCAGUUCCCUAAGGGCGCCUUCAAGCUGCUGCCAGGCUUAUUGGCACUGCACAUGGAGAACAACGCCAUCACCAAGCUGGAGACGGGCAUUCUGACCGGUGCGGAGAACCUGCGGGCGCUCUAUCUCACCUCCAAUGUCAUCAACACGGUCUCGCCGAGGGCUCUCGACCCGGCGCCGAACCUCGACACCCUCCACCUGGGUGGCAACAAGAUCAGGGACGUGCCCAGUGACGCUCUGUCCAAGGCCGGCAGCCUGGGGGAGCUGCGCCUCUCGGGAAACCCCAUCCGCUGGGUGGCCGCUGAGGCGUUCCGGUCCGUGGGGGACUCUUUAAAACACCUCUAUCUGGAUAACAUGGGUUUAGAGAAGAUGUCUAAGGACUCUCUGUCUGGGCUGGGCUCUGGGUUGCGGAGCCUCUUCCUGGAGGGGAACCACAUGGAGGAGGUUCCCGACCUGAGGCCUCUGACUGGGCUGGAGGUCAUAAACCUGGCAGAGAACCCUUUUCACUGUGACUGCCCACUGCUGCCUCUGCGCAAGUGGCUUGACAAGGUGAACCUGAAGGUCAGAGCCACCUGCGCUCACCCGCCAGAACUCAAGGGUCAAAAGGUCAAGGACGUUCACAUCUUCAAGAGCUGCCCGGGCGAGAGGCUGCCCUCCACACAAGCCCCACGCACCUCCAAGCCCCCGAAGGCCACCAAGCCCAAACCGGCCCUCCUCAACGGGCCAAAGGUAGUCCGUGUGAUGAAGGCUAAAGCCAAGCCACGCAAGAGGCAGACUCAACCCCACACACCACACACAGAAAAGCAGGCCACAGUGAAGAAGAGGAAGGCAGUGUAACUCAUGCAGGAUCCCAUCACAGAUAUGCAUUCACAGCUUAGUCACUACAGACGGCCACACAUCUGGACGCACACCCGGAUGCCUUUUUUUGUAAUCCAAACUACAUU